GGAGCUCCGCGCCGCAGCCUCGCUCCGGCGGUCGCGGCCUCUCGCCUCCCCUGACCUUCCCCCGGAGCCGGCGGGGUUGCGGAAGCUCGGCAGCGGCUGUAGCUGUGCGGGGCCAGCCGCGCUGUCGGCACCGAGCAGCGUCCUUGUGCUGCCCUCGCCCGCCCCGAUCAGGCCCUCCGUGGUGUCGGGGCUCAAGUGCUCCGGAACAGCUGCGUUAAAAAUAAUCUGAAGGGAGUACUCGUUAGAGGGAAGUAGAAACUUAAUAAAUCACUCCGUUAUUACGAAAAUCUGGAUAAAGAGCACUCUUUUAGCAUGGUGUCACAGGGAAAACAUUCUUAUCCAGUUGCAAUAGAACUCAGCACACCCAGUGAAUCAGUCACCCCUGGGAAACCGUGAUGACAGCUGCCAUGAGGAAAUACCCCAACCCCAUGAACCCCAGCGUGGUGGGAGUCGAUGUCCUGGACAGACACGUGGAUCCCAGCGGGAAGCUGCACAGCCACAGGCUCCUGAGCACAGAGUGGGGAAUCCCGGCCAUUGUGAAAUCGCUCAUUGGCACCUGCAGGACAAGGACGUACGUGCAGGAGCACUCUGUUGUUGACCCUGUGAAAAAAACAAUGGAACUUAAAUCCUGUAAUAUUUCAUUUACAAACCUCGUGUCAGUAGAUGAGAGGCUUGUCUAUAAACCACACCCUCAUGAACCACACAAAACCAUUCUGACACAAGAAGCAAUAAUAUCUGUAAAAGGUGUCAGUCUCAGCAGUUACCUAGAAGGGCUAAUGGCAAACACAAUUUCUUCCAAUGCUAAAAAAGGCCGUGAAGCAUUGGAAUGGGUAAUUAAAAGACUGAAUGCUGAAAUUGAAGAGUUUGCAGCUUCAGCAAGAGGAACCAUGAGGAAUUCAAUGGCAGCAGCAGCAUUUGUAGAGAAAUGAUGAUAGUUCUUAGACCUGUAUCACUAACAAGGCUUAACGACCUGCAGCUUCUCUCCAGGCUUAAAUACAUGCAUCCUUUCUUAUUUAAAGUAUGUGUGUAUUAGGCAUGUUAUAAAUUUAAUCUGGAGAAAAGCUGAAUUCUUACCAAGGCUGGGGCUCAAAGGCAAUUUAAUAUAUUGGGUCAGCUGGACCGAAUUGCGGUUACAGAUGAAGAAAUAAAUUUUUAAGUGUAGUUCCUGUAUUUACAUGAACUCUAACUUAUAAUGUUUGCAGAUAUGAAAUAGCCUCAUUUAGUGGUGAGGCUGCAUAUGGUGGAGGACACUGGCAUGUUAGGCUAACUUUUAUUUUUUGUGUGACUUACAGACUACCUCUUUUGGGACCAAGCCCAAAAUUAAGCAGAAUGGUUGUUCCAGCAUUGUUCUUUUUGUUGAUUUUUGGCAGUUGUGUGAUACAACUUGGUUUUACAGAAAGCUUAUUACUUGAUGCUUGAAAUAUAAAAGAAUGUUCAAAAUA